CUGGAGAAAUGGAAACUGGCAUAUCAUAUUGUGUGUGUUCAUUGUUUUUUUAUACAGACAAUGACUUGCAAGGCACAAAUAGUUCUGGAAUUUUGGGUGGUCUUGAUGUUCGUCGGCGUAUUCCUAUAAAGCUCAUCUCCAAACAGACCAACAAAGCAAAACCUGCACCACCUCGUCCUACAAGAAAUAUGAAUAGGGUACCUUCAAAGGCUGGUGAAGAAGAGUUUGACUACAAUGAAGAAGAACGGUAUGAUUGCAAAGGCGCUGAUGUAUUUAGUAACCAACGAAGGUUCCCUGGGCACCUCUUCUGGGAUUUCAAGAUAAAUUUACUUGGAGAGAAGGAUGACACCCCAGUCCAUUUCUGUGACAAAUGUGGGUUACCCAUUAAAAUGUAUGGACGGAUGAUACCCUGCAAACAUGUUUUCUGCUAUGAGUGUGCUCUCUUACAUGAGAAGAAAGGUGACAAGAUGUGUCCAGGCUGUAAUGAGCCAGUGCAGCGAAUUGAGCAGUGUGUCCGCGGGUCUCUCUUCAUGUGCAGUAUUGUCCAAGGGUGCAAGAGAACGUACCUAUCUCAGAGAGACUUACAGGCUCACAUCAACCACCGUCACAUGAGAGCUGGCAAGCCGGUAGCGCGCCCUCCGCUAGAACCCGUUCAUCCUCCUAUCGCUCCUCCUCCUGCCGAAAUCCCGGAGCGGUUCAUAAUGCCACCAGAUAAGCAUCAUCUGAGCCACCUUCCACCAAAGCAACACAUCAUGAUGCCGCCGCCACCACUGCAGCACGUGCCACACGAGCAUUACAACCAGCCACAUGAAGAUAUCCGGGCAUCCCCGGCAGAGAUGUCCAUGGCUCCUCCUCCCCCUCGUCCGGUCAGCCAAGACACCUUCCGCAUUUCAACAAGAAAGCACAGCAAUCUUAUUACUGUCCCCAUCCAGGAUGACUCAAACUCUGGUACUCGAGAACCACCUCCACCUGCCCCGGCACCUGCUCACCAUCAUCCCGAAUAUCAGGCCCAACCCGUGGUGUCCCAUCCGCAUCAUAUUAUGCCACCACAGCAACAUUAUGCACCGCCCCCUCCCCCACCUCCCCCGAUAAGUCACCCCAUGCAGCACCCUCCUCAGGCUGGAGGUACUCCUCAUCUGGUGUACAGCCAAGCACCUCCUCCUCCAAUGACCUCUGCUCCUCCACCUAUAACCCCUCCCCCUGGACACAUCAUUGCACAACUUCCACCCUAUAUGAACCAUCCUCCACCUGGGCCACCACCACCUCAGCAUGGUGGCCCACCCGUCAAUGUAAACGCCCCCCCUCCCCAUCAUUAUAAUCCUAAUGCUUUGCCAAAAUUCAGUGAAGACCAAGGAACUCUCAGCCCUCCUUUCACUCAGCCCGGGGGAAUGAGCCCGGGCAUAUGGCCAGCUCCACGAGGGCCACCGCCACCACCAAGAAUGCAAGGUCCACCUUCUCAAGCACCACUUCCUGGACCACAUCAUCCCGACCAAGCCAGAUACAGGCCAUACUAUCAAUGAUAUUAGUAGUUAUUGGAACUAAAAUAUGAUAGAAGGAUAACAUUCUAAGCAGCAGCAGCCUUUUAAUGAAUCUGACUGUUUAAGAAACUGUCUUUUCUGUUUUGCUUUGUUUAUUGGAAAGAUAAUAAACUUCUGACUGUAAAGCUCUCUGGGGAUUUAAACCUUAAAUAAUUUUUUUAAAAAGAAAACUUUGAUUGUAGGAUUCUUGACACCUGGUACCCUGUAAGCUAAGUGGCUCUGUAGUUGACAGCAGUGUUUUAAAGACUUUGUAUCCAUAGUCUGACUGAAUUGUCUCAGAGAUGAACGUUUAUAAGGCCUCCCAACAACUGAACACUUAUUGUACCACUUUAAAGUAUUUUUGUUAAAUCUGAUAGUUUUGUUUGUGAUACUUUUUUUUUGUCAACCAGUGUAUAAUUAAAUUUAAAAUAUUG